CAUAGUCAUAGUCAUAGUCAUACUCUCACUCACCAGUCAUCAGUGCUCCUUGGCAACCAUGCCUCCACUGCUGUAUCUCAUCCUCUCAGCAUACUUAAUCCCUAUAAGCCAGUGCCACCCGAACACGUGUCGGUCCUACUGCGGCAACAUAACCAUAGACUACCCAUUCGCGGUCCAAUACGGGUGCGGGCACCCUGGCUUCCGCGACCUCCUCUACUGCAUAAACGACGUCCUCAUGUUCCACAUAAGCUCAGGCUCCUACAGGGUCCUCGAGAUAGACUACGCCUACCAGGCCCUCACGCUCCACGAGCCCCACAUGUCCACGUGCCACAACCUCGUCCUCGGAUCCCGAGGCAACGGCUUCGCGCUCGAGCCCUGGCGCGCCCCCUACAUGAACCCCGCCGCCGACAACGUCUUCAUGCUCAUCGCCUGCUCCCCCCGCUCCCCCCUCUUCCAGGGCUUCCCCGGGAAGCACCUCCCCUGCCGCAACGUCUCCGGCAUGGGCUGCCAGGACUACUAUUCCUGCCCCGCCUGGGAGAUGAUGGGCCACAAGCCACUGGGCUCCCCCUCCUUUUUCGGCUCCGGCCCGCCCGAGUGCUGCGCUCUUCCCUACGAGGCCAUUAGGGGGAUUAAUCUCACCAAGCUCCAGUGCGAAGGCUAUACCAGCGCUUAUAGUGUCGCUCCGCUCAGGGUCCAUGGGCCUGGGGACUGGUCCUAUGGGAUCCGCGUCCGCUAUUCCGUGCAAGGGAAUGAUGAGUUCUGUGGAGCCUGUGAGGCCACGGGUGGCUCCUGUGGCUUUGCUUCUGAUGGGAUCAGACAGCUCUGUAUGUGCGGGGACUUCAAUUCCACCUCCAAUUGUGAUUCUGAUUCAGUUGCCAUAUCCUCAGGAGCAAGGCCUGUGUGUACCAGAGUAAAACUAUUAGCAGGACUAUUGGCGUAUGUGGUAGCGUCGAUGACAACAUACCUGAUUUCAAAAGUAUGGUAAUUAUAUAUUUGAGAAUUGAGACUAUCAUCAUUCAUCACGAACUGGCUUGUACUCCUUCCAUAUUGGAAAUGCCAUUUUUUUCUGAAGAACGUGCUCAUCAUAGAGUUAAUGAGAGUGAGAGUGACUUUUGGUUUGUACUCCCUAUUUCCCCCUUGAAAGACUUGCUCAAUCAUAUUGUACGUUUCACAAUUAGCCAGUUAUAUACCCAUAUUGUUUACUUUAUUCA